AUGCGACUUCAGGUAGUUUACUUUAAGGGACCAAUUCUGCCUGGCGCACAUUCCAUCGAACGAUUUCUCGUUGAAGAAGAGCUGCGUUGGAUAUUGGAUCAGGAGAAAAGAAGUCGAAAAAAGUGUGCGGCACGAUUGCUGGAUUACGAGAAACGCACGCUGGUGCCUAUAAAUUACGUCAUAUUGGAGGUGAUAUUUUCGCAAUUAUUUCAUUUACCGGAUGCACCCGUUCGACCGAUAUUUUAUGGCAGUCUUCUAAUUGAACUCUGCAAAACCAAAAGCAUGCCUCAGGUAAUAGCUCAAGCGGCCGAAUUGUUUUACCAACGUAUAGAUACAAUGCAAGUUGCCUGUAUCGAUCGCUUGAUUGAUUGGUUCAGCUAUCACAUGUCGAAUUUUGAGUACCGCUGGUCCUGGUCCGAUUGGUGUGAUUGUGUUGAGCUGGACCGUCUUGCGCCGAGGCAUAUGUUUGUACGCGAGGUGGUGGACAGAUGCAUGCGAUUUUCCUAUCAUCAAAAGCUUACGGAAAUUUUGCCUCCGGAAUUUGGAAAAAUGAUACCCGAGAAGCCAGUAAUUUGCUACGAUCUUAACGAUGGUAUCUUGAUUCUUCAGUUGGCUGAAAAUUUCAUUUUUUUUUUAAAUUUCCAGUAG